AUGGGUAGUAAGAUUGUUAACAAAUGGAAAAACAAGCAACAAUACACAACUUCCUAUGUAAAAUUACUGAGAUGCAGAGAUGCACUCGAGAAUACCGAGAAAUACCGGGAGACACACGUACAAACACCUGCUGGCAAGCGCCGUCGUAAAUCAAAAGUGUCAACGCCACAUUUUUGCCUCCACGUCACAUUGCGAACGAGGGCCAACAGGGAGACAGCCUACAGGCUGAAAAUCAUAGCGGACUCCGUGAACGCUAGGUACACACGCAUGCAACAACCUCCAUUCCUACAAGUCAUUCCUCUUCUGAAGGGAUUUGCGAGAACAUCCCAAACCAGCCUAGAAAAAUGCCUUCACAGAGCAAGCACUUGCUGUCGGGACUUCUGUUCCACUUUUGGCUUUUCCACUUUUGACUCUUUGUUCAAAAGCCUAAGUAACUGCUUCUCAGUUACCUACAACCAUGCCAGAAGUCGUGCAAGCAAUUUCAUCGUAAGCGUGGAAAGCCAUGAAAGAAUAAGAGUGACACUUAUCCGAUUUACAGCUGCAUUCAUACUUCUUGGUGCCAUCUACCUCAACAUAUCCGUAAAAAUUAGAUCCAACUGGACUUUAAAAAAAAUUAAGACAAUAGAGCCAAGUAAAGAGAGUGGAGAGAGCAAGCGGGUUACUGUGAACUAUCUACGUCAAUACCGUUUCAAGACUCUCGAGUAUAUGAAAAAGAAACUGGCGCGAAGACAAUAG